AACUUUGUCUUGUCUACACACAAGUUUUUGGCUCUCUUUCUCUCUCCGUCUCUGGUCCUUAUUAUCUCCUCUCUACUUUGCUACUGAAUCUGCCAUGAGUUCUUUGCUUUAAUUCAAAGUUGCCGCAACCGAAAGAGAAUUAAAGACAGAACCAUGAGUCGAACAAUGGAGGAGUAUCAUCAGUCUAAUGAGAGUGAAGACAACAAAGGAAGUUGGAUUUGGAGUAAGGCGGUAAGCGUUGGGAAGAAGGUUCUGACAGCUGGUGUUGUAGUGUCUUCAGCUCCACUUCUUGUUCCUUCACUUUUUGUCGCCUCUACCAUCGCCUUCCUCUCCUCUGUUCCUUUUUGUCUCUUCUUGGCUAACUAUGCUUGUACUCAAAAAGUAAUGAGUAGUCUUCUUCCUGAUACUGAAGAAACUGGUGGAGUUGACAAGGAUGAUGAAUCUGGAUUUGAUGAGUACAGCAAGAUUGGUCACCGUGAAGGCCGCCCUGCCGGAGCUGGUGAGGCUGCACUUUUCAUGGCUGCAGAUGAAUCGAUUCCCAUUGGGGUUGAGGAAGAUGAGGAGAUGGAGAAAGAGUCAACGAGUUUGCUAGAGAAAAUUAGGGAUGAGGGUAGAACUGAUAAAGAAACCUCUGAGAAAGAUUUACAAGAAGAUAAAAAGUCCGGAAAUGCCAAGUCUGAGGAGGUUCAAGACCAGCCUGAAAAAUCUGAGACUGGACGUGAAGGGGAACUUGGGGCCACAAAAACUGAAACUUCUACGGGCAAGGAUGAUGAGGAAACAUCUUCCAAUGAGCCGAUAGACCAAGCUAGUGGGGCACAUGGAACAGGGGAAGAGAAACGAAAAAACACAACUAAGAAAAAGAAGAAAACCGGGCGAGCAGGUGUAUAGUGAAGUUCAAAUAUGGGAGAAGAUGGAGGCGUUGAGGAAGGUGGUCGGAUACAGUGUUACACGGAGUGCCUCAUAUGCAGAGGAGCUUCAAGCUCUCUAUGUCUUCACUGGCGUGGUGGAGCCUCGUCGCUCAAGUUUAAACCAGUUGGACACUCAUGAUAUUGCACAUGUUAGUCUUAGACUUCGCUUCCUCAUGUCUGCUAUCGGAAUAAUCUAGUUUGAUGGUGUGUUUGUGUAGUAGGUUCAGGACUCAUAAAGUCUCAAACAAGUGGUGUACUAAAUCUCAACUUUGUAUGUACUUUUGUUGCGACUUUUCGGAUCUACUUUUCUUAGUUUUGAAUGUU